UUUAACAAAAGGCUUAAAAACAUGUAAGAGCGCCGCGUGCACGUCAGCUGGCGGAGAUGCGCAUGUUUGUGAGACCGAGGACAUCACGAGAGGCGCAAAUCACCACCGCGAGCGGCUGACCGACGGACGGACACGUGACCACCGUCCUGGUCGCUCGGAGACUGCAGCACCUGCUUGGAUCCUGUACGUCGGAGGUCGCCGCUCCAUCUCUCCACCGCACGGGGACACGUCCGAGAGAGAGAGAGAGACAGAGAGAGAGAGAGAGAGAGAGAGAGAGAGAGAGAGAGAGAGGAAGAUGGACACCGCGGACCAAGCUGCUCAGAUAGAGCCGCUGCUGCCGGUCAUUUCCUCCUUUGGCUCAUCAGUUGGGCGCAGAAGUUUGAGGAAUGAUGACGAGGCGGUGGUGGACCGAGGAGGAUCACGGUGCCAACAGGGCACCAACUUUGGCGAGGAGGACCUUGAAGGCCACAGGACGCUCUACAUCGGGGUCCACGUGCCCUUGGGCAGCACCAGGCGCCGCAGCCACCGCAGGCACCAUGGGAGCAAACACAGGAGAAGAAGCAGGGACCGGGCCCCCUCCUUGGUGGAGGGAAGAGAGUCCCCUGUUUAUGACACUCCCUCCCAGAGAGUCCAGUUCCUGCUGGGCACUGAGGAUGAUGACGAGGAGCAUAUCCCUCAUGACCUCUUCACAGAGAUGGAUGAGAUUUGCGUGCGGAAUGGAGAAGAUCCCGAGUGGAGGGAAAGUGCCAGGUGGCUGAAGUUCGAGGAGGACGUGGAGGACGGAGGGGAGCGAUGGAGUAAACCCUACGUGGCCACUCUGUCUCUGCACAGCCUGUUUGAGCUGCGAAGCUGCAUUAUGAACAGCACUGUGCUUCUCGACAUGAGGGCUAAUGCCCUUGAAGAGAUUGCAGACAUGGUCCUGGACCACCAGGAUUUGUACUCGCCGCUGGGAGACGAUCUCAGAGAGAAGGUGCGUGCGACGCUGCUGAAGCAGCACCACCACCAGAACCAGAAAAAGUUGGCCAAUCGGCUGCCGAUCGUACGCUCCAUCGCUGACAUGGGGCGGGUGGACAAGAACGACCCGAUGACGGCGUCUCAGUUAGCGUGUCCAGACGGAAAAGGUGACCUGAGUAGAGAGAACACCUCUGUGGACUUCAGCAAGAUAGACCUUCAUUUCAUGAAGAAGAUCCCCGCGGGGGCCGAGGCGUGUAACGUCUUAGUGGGAGAGCUGGAGUCUCUGAACAAGCCCGUGGUCGCAUUUGUGCGCCUUUCCCCGGCGGUCCUGCUCAGCGGCCUGGCUGAAGUCCCCAUCGUCACAAGGUUUCUGUUUAUUCUUUUGGGGCCCUUGGGCAGAGGGCCUCAGUACCACGAGAUUGGAAGGUCCAUUGCAACGCUAAUGACGGAUGAGGUGUUCAGUGAUGUUGCUUAUAAAGCAAAAGACAGAAAUGAUCUGAUCGCUGGGAUUGAUGAAUUCCUUGAUCAGGUGACAGUCCUUCCUCCAGGAGAGUGGGACCCAUCCAUACGGAUAGAACCACCCAAAAAUGUACCUUCUCAGGAGAAUAGGAAGAAAUGUACAAUUUUACCAAAUGGAUUAGUCGAGGGCGAUGAGGAAGCGGAGGAAGGCGGCCAUGGGGGUCCAGAACUGCAGCGUACUGGAAGGUGGUUUGGUGGUCUUUUCCUGGACAUCAAGCGCAAGGCGCCCCACUACCUGUCCGACUACACUGACGCGUUUAGCUUACAGUGUGUGGCCUCUUUCCUAUUUCUCUACUGUGCCUGCAUGUCUCCUGUCAUCACCUUUGGAGGGCUGCUGGGCGAGGCGACGGAAGGACGAAUAAGUGCAAUUGAGUCACUGUUUGGAGCCUCACUGACGGGAAUAGCCUAUUCUCUGUUUGCCGGGCAGCCCUUAACCAUUCUGGGGAGCACUGGGCCGGUGCUUGUUUUUGAAAAGAUCUUGUUCAAAUUCUGCAAGGAGUAUGGCCUGUCCUAUCUGUCUCUGAGAACCUGCAUUGGUCUCUGGACUGCUGUCCUCUGCAUCAUUCUGGUGGCCACAGAUGCCAGUUCCCUCGUUUGUUACAUCACACGUUUUACAGAGGAAGCCUUUGCCUCACUCAUCUGCAUCAUCUUCAUCUACGAGGCCUUGGAGAAACUGGUCCACCUUGGAGACCACUAUCCCUUUAACAAGAACAACAACCUCGACAGGCUCACCAUGUACUCAUGUUCAUGCGUUGAGCCUUCUGACCCCACCAAUGCCACCCUGAAGUAUUGGGAGAGCACCAACGUCACUGCCUCAGAAAUCUACUGGGAGGCACUGGAGACCAAGGAUUGUAUAGAAAAGCGCGGGGAGUUUGUGGGCACCGCCUGCAGCCCCACUGGACCAUACGUUCCCGAUGUCCUCUUCUGGUGCGUCCUUCUCUUCUUUUCAACCGUCUUGAUGUCCGCCUUCCUCAAAGAGUUCAAGUUCAGCAAUUACUUUCCCACAAAGGUGAGAUCCAUCAUCAGUGACUUUGCAGUUUUCUUCACCAUCCUAACCAUGGUCUUGGUUGACCACGCUUUAGGAAUCCCCUCUCCAAAGUUAAAGGUUCCUAGUGUGUUUAAGCCAACCAGAGAUGAUCGAGGUUGGUUCAUUAACCCUCUGGGGCCAAACCCCUGGUGGACCACAAUCAUUACUGUGUUCCCAGCACUGCUGUGCACCAUCCUCAUCUUCAUGGACCAGCAGAUCACAGCUGUCAUUAUCAAUAGGAAGGAACACAAACUCAAGAAAGGCUGCGGGUACCACCUGGAUCUGUUCAUGGUGGGCGUGAUGCUGGGCGUGUGCUCUUUGAUGGGCUUGCCCUGGUUCGUAGCAGCCACCGUCCUCUCCAUAAGCCACGUCAACAGCCUGAAGCUGGAGUCCGAGUGCUCCGCGCCCGGAGAGCAGCCCAAGUUCCUCGGCAUCAGAGAGCAGCGCUUUACCGGCCUCAUGAUCUUCACCCUCAUGGGCUGCUCCGUCUUCAUGACCUCUGUGCUGAAGUUCAUUCCCAUGCCUGUACUGUAUGGAGUAUUCCUUUACAUGGGGGCAUCAUCUCUCAGAGGCAUUCAGCUCUUUGAUCGUCUCAGACUGUUUGCCAUGCCAGCUAAGCACCAGCCGGACUUCAUCUAUCUCCGCCAUGUCCCCCUGAGGAAGGUGCACCUCUUCACCAUCAUCCAGCUCAGCUGUUUGGUUCUGCUCUGGGUCAUCAAGACCUCCAAGGCGGCUAUUGUCUUUCCCAUGAUGGUGUUGGCUCUGGUGUUUAUCAGGAAGCUAUUGGACUGUUUCUUUACCAAGAGAGAGAUGAGCUGGCUGGAUGACCUCAUGCCAGAGAGCAAGAAGAAGAAGAUAGAGGAUGCUGAAGAGGAGGAGGAGCAGAGUAUACUGGCAGACGACGAGGGAGUUGUGCAAGUGCCGUUACAAGAGAACAAGGGAAUACCCAUCAUCAAUAUUACAGAUGAAAUAUCUAAAGGUUCUUUUGGAAAUACUUGGAAUGCCAACAGCUAAGGAGUCUAAGAAAGACUCAAGACCUCAACAUAUUAUGUUCAAUACUGCACGAUGAGAAAUGUAAGAUGCAGAAAAGCGAGGACAGUGUGCGUCUUUAGUGCUCAUAAAUAAAUCGGUAUUGUAUACGCAGGUAAUCAAUCCUUCACGUGUCUGUUGUGUGUUCGGUAAGUGAAUAACUGUGUAUCUGACGUGUUGCAAAUGUUCUGCCUCUUCCUGAUCCAUUUUUUUUGUGCUGUUGGGUUGUGCUUUUUAUUUCUGCACCGAAUGUUAACUGCUGAUGUAAAAGGUUCUUCUGUCUUGCUAAUGCAUUUUGUUAAUGGACACAUUUGUUUGUUUAAUACUUUUUAUCUUUAAAUAUCAUAUUAACACACAGCACAACAUGUCUUUUAAUUAUUUUUCCGUUUGCAUUGAGAUUUCAUGGAUUAAAUUCCUAAUAAUGGCGAUGAUUUACAGGAAUGAGUGCUUUGAUGUAAUUGAUCAAGACCGAUAUAGUAUUAAGAACAAAAUGCAAUCAUAUUUUCUGAUACAUUAUUUAUCUAUAUUUAUUUUGUGUAAUAAAGUGUUUGCAAGAUAAUACAUUGCAUUUCUACAGAGACUUACAGUAUUUGCCUCUAGAUGUCAGUGUAUUAUACAUUUAUGUUUUAUUUAUCUUGUUUGUUUUAAUGUUCGUAUGAGUUUAGGGAAUCACGGAUUAAAAAGCAUCAUUGUCAGAGAUGCAGUUUUGUGACAUAUCUGAGGAUUACAAUUAAGCUGUAAUACUGUUAUACUGCGGAUGGGCUUAUGUUAUUUUAAAACAACUAAGGAUGGGCUUAAAAUACUUUUGAAAAACAAUUUUAUUAUUUGUAUCUUGUCAAUGUUACCCGUAAUAAAUUUCUUUGAGCACUCUUUGUCCCCUCAUUAGCAC